GUCGACUGCCUGCCUACCACCAUCUUUAAUCAACAGUUAACUUCAGUCAGUGAAAGAAUCAAGGCUUCCGUAUGAGUUCUCAUGAUCUACAUCAAAAUGGAAAGGGUCUAGAGCAGCAGUUUGCUGGUCUGGACUUGAAUGGAGCCCGUGGUCGCGGUAGGGGCGACUGGAGUUCCCAGUCGUAUCCAACUCAACCUCCAAACAAUCUUUAUUAUGCAGGUGUUCUGAACACUGGCUCACGUUAUGUACCACCACAUAUGAGAGGGCCUGGGGCUGCCCCGCCACCGCCGAUUCCAUCUGGACCUCCUCCUCCUCUGCCACCGGCACAAGGUAAUUGGGGAGGUGCCGACUUUAAUCUUGGUGAUAACCGACCUGGUGCAGACACUGGAAAUUGGGGACACCAUGAUGGUUACAUUGGAGGUUAUUCGUCCAACACUAGCUACCGAGGCGGGUACAAUGCUCCUCCCCCACCAGGUCCACACAACAUGGGUGACCGAGGAUACAACCAGUACAACCGUGGUGGCGACCAGUACGGUCGCGGCGAUCAGGGUGGGCGUGGUGUAUCCCAGGGUUACAAGAGCUUCAACCAGAGACGCGGCAGUGGAGGCUUCCAGAGAGACGACAGAAUGGAAAAUCGCUGGCAGCAGGGUGGCCGCAAUGACCGCCAAGGCAGUUUACCACCGCAGCCUCCACAGUCAAGUCGCUGGGACGUGCUGAUAGAGGACAGCCGCGAUGGGCGCAGGCGAGAGUGGGGUCACAACAGGUGGGAUAACCGCUCAGACAAUGAGGCCUACGGUCAGCGCAACGGAAAUCAGGACAUGCGAACCGAGGAUUGGUCUAUACCUCUACCAAGGAAUGAGCGCUUAGAAUUAGAAUUAUUUGGUAAUGGCAAUACCGGUAUCAACUUUGACAAGUAUGAAGACAUACCAGUUGAAGCAAGUGGGGAGAAUGCUCCAAACAAUAUAGAGAGUUUUGACGAUGCCUGCCUAGGAGAAAUCAUACAGAACAAUAUCGCUUUGUGCAAGUAUGCCAAGCCAACACCGGUUCAGAAGUAUGCCAUCCCCAUUGUGUGUACGAAGCGAGAUCUUAUGGCGUGUGCCCAAACUGGGUCUGGGAAAACUGCGGCUUUCCUCGUGCCGAUUCUCAACCAGAUGUAUGAACAUGGCCCAGGCGAGAUCCCCCUUUCACAGGCGACCUCAGGCAGUCGGGCAGGCCGGCGGAAGCAGUUUCCACUUGCUCUGGUUCUUGCUCCAACCAGGGAGCUGGCUUCUCAGAUCUAUGAUGAAGCUAGAAAGUUUGCCUACCGGUCCCGUGUGCGACCAUGCGUGGUGUAUGGCGGUGCCGACAUUGGAGCACAGAUGCGAGACCUCGAUCGGGGAACUCAUCUCCUCGUGGCAACGCCCGGACGUCUUGUUGAUAUGAUGGAGCGAGGGAAGAUUGGCAUGGAUUACUGCAGAUUCUUGGUUCUGGAUGAGGCUGAUCGUAUGUUGGACAUGGGUUUUGAACCACAGAUCCGCCGAAUUGUCGAGAAAGAUACCAUGCCACCAUCUGGAAAACGCCAAACACUUAUGUUCAGUGCAACCUUCCCCAAGGAAAUUCAGGUGUUAGCCCGAGAUUUUCUUGAGAACUACAUUUUCCUGGCGGUUGGUCGAGUGGGUAGCACGAGCGAGAACAUCACACAGAAGGUCGUGUGGGUGGAGGAGAAUGAGAAGAGAUCAUUCCUGCUGGAUCUGAUCAAUGCGUCUGGCCCCAAGUCGCUGACCUUGACUUUUGUGGAGACCAAGAAGGGUGCAGAUGCCCUGGAGGACUUCUUGCUGAAGGAGGGUUUCCCGGCAACCAGUAUCCAUGGUGACCGAUCACAGCGGGAGCGAGAAGACGCUCUGAGGAUUUUCAGAAAUGGAGAGCGCCCAAUUCUGGUUGCCACAGCGGUAGCAGCACGAGGUCUGGAUAUACCCAAUGUGCGACAUGUCAUCAACUUUGACCUACCCAGCGACAUAGAGGAAUACGUCCACAGAAUCGGACGAACUGGGAGAGUGGGAAACCUGGGUUUGGCGACAUCGUUCUUCAACGAAAAGAACAAGAACAUAGUGCGUGACCUGCUUGAUUUACUGGUGGAGUCGAACCAGGAGGUUCCUCCCUGGCUUGAGUCGAUGUCAUGCGAGGCCCGACCCGCUGGGGGAAUCACUCGCCGCGGACGUGGAAGGUAUGGUGGUUCUGGUUUUGGUGCGAGAGAUUACCGUCAGACGAAGAACCCGAAACCCGGCUUUCAGCAGAGUGGAAACUACCAGCAGUCGGGCUUCAACCACUUCAGUCAGUACCCCAACUAUGGAGGCUCAUACGGUGGCUCCUACCAACAGCCUCAGCAGCAAGGCAACGACUGGUGGGGAAACUAAAAGUGGGGUGCGGAGUCUUAUCCCAUCCUGUUACGAAGCUUGGUUGUUCGGCUACGCUGCCACGGUCGGGUAGGCUGGCUGGGUGUUUGUGAAUGGACAAUUUGGCUCCUGUCGUCGGGACUUUUCAUCCACGUCAUCUAUUUGGCUUGGUUGCAUGUUUGUUUGUUUUAAAUGUUCUUCACCAUUUUUUUGCUUAAAUUCCUAACACUGAUGUGUAUUGUUGGGCAACAGCUGGAGAUACCAGAGAAAUUUGAAUACAUGACGCAGAUUUUAUUAAUUAUCGCUAGUGCUGUGUGUGCGCCGAAACUUGAAUCGAUGGCUUCGUGGGGUUUUUUCAAUCGUGUAACGUUCCUGGCAAUUUCGGUUUAAAAAAACAGGUGUAAUAUGUAGGUAAUUUGCCAUGUAAGGACAUUAAAGAAAAAUGUAGCUGCAGGCCUCUGAAAAUGCAAAAUGUGUGUAAACCAUACAGGGUAUCCCUUUAAUUUUUGCAUAACCCAUUAUGACGAUGCAAAUGAUCUUAUAAAUUUAAUGUGCAAAAGAAAAAAUGGGUUAACACAAAGCUAUACUUGAGCAAUCACCCUGCAAACGAAACUUAUCAUUCUGUAAAUUUUCAGAGGCGUGCUCGUCCCAAGUAAUACUCAUAUGCCAUUAAACCAUGAUAUUAGCUUUUUAGUGCCAUAUGCUAGUUGUGUGUGGUAGCUAAAUUGUGGAUUUGCUGUGAUUGUAUACACACGCCCAUUGUUAGGUUACAUUCUACAGCAUGUAAAUCUGAAAUUUCAUUCCCGAAGUGAGUAUUUUUUAUCACCACAUUUUAAUUCUCAUUUUGUUUACAUGAUUACACAAUACUGAAGUCCAUUGUUCACAUUUUAAACUAAGACAUUCAUUUACUACUACGUGUGUAUGUACGUACAUAUAUUUCAAUAUACUUGCGUACACAUACAGUUCAUUUGUUAGCUUUUAAACAUCAUCAAAGACUAUUACCCUAUUCAAACCGAUAGUCGUGUUUAUGCAUCAAGUUUCUGAUUGUAGUUUCGGUAUACACACAAAGCAUUAUGUUACGUUUGCACGAGUGCACGUCUUAACUUACUUUGAGGAGGCAAUGAGCGCAAAGUUGGAGAAUUUUGUUCUAUCAUUACUAUAACAUGUGCGUAUUGAGACGGUUAUAGUCAACAUACUUUUAAUUUAAAAACGUGUGCAUGUGCAUUUUAUACCGGUUUUGACUUUAAAAUAGUCAAUUGUGCAAUUAGAAUUUUUUUUUUUUUUGUACUGGACCGGUGAUUGAAGACAUUGGUAAUUUAAACAUCAAAAGGAAACCAUUGUUUAAUAAAUCAAAAGUUAUCAUAUCUUUGCAAUUUUCACGUCCAAGAGACCUGGUUUAUAUUUGUUUAGUACAAUGAGUAAAUAUAAAUUGUUUACAAACUGGGUUUCCUUUCCAUUAAAAAAUAUACGCACAACUAAGAUUGAAAUAAUUCGACAUGCACUUUUUUUUUUGAUGUGUGUACUGAUAUUUUAUUUUCAUAUUUAGAUAAAUUAAUUUUUAUUUGUUUGAAUGGCCCUGCACACUGACAUAUGUUACCAAGGUGUGUAGGGCCCGAGGUAUAUCUACGGUGAAUAAUGGGGGAACAACUCGCCAAAAUGAUAAAUUUAUUUCAGUAUUGUCCUCACAAAGUGACUAGUGUGGAGUUGCAGCACCAGUUCUAUACUCGUUAUUUUAGCAGUAAUGUAUUGUUAAUUUUCCAGCAGUUCGUUGGAUUCAAGCAGUUCAUUGGUGAAGUGAGAAUGUAAAAAAAAAAAAAAUUUAAAAUGUUUUUAUGUUUAAAAUAUUUAACUGCAUUUAAAAGAAAUAUUUGUUGCAUUUCUUUCUAAGUUAAAUUUUCGUUUUUUUUAAAAAUAAGUAACAAUAAAAAAUUAAAUACACAUCUUGUUUUGUUUCUUUAAACUAAUUUUUAAUGUCAACUCAAAUGAUUGGUCAAGGCACCUGUGAUUUUUUUUUACUAUUGACAGAACUAAAAAAUAAUAAUUUAGGUUUCAUUUGUUAGUCAUUCUUAUCCAAGAACUUCUCACCAAUGUAAUAUAAUCUUUUUCUUCUUUCCCCCCCCCCCCCCCCCCCCC